GUGGACCACCAGCUUGACAUUCCCAAACGCACUGGCCUGAUACUCGGUGAACACCGGACGCGCGACCGUGCUGGCCGCGUUCAGCAACAAGCUGCUCUCGUCCCCGGAGACCAGAGGGCUUCUCCCCAGGUUCAGCCAUUUAGGAAAGACUGGUGACCUGUCUGCAUGAUGGCAUUAACUACAAGGAUCAUCCAAGAGCCACAGUCACAAAGCCAGUCUCUGAAUAUGGUUCAAAGAAAUCUUAUAACUCUCUGAACAGGUACGCCUUUGCUACUGUGCAUGUACAUGGAGCCAUCUACCAGGAGCGUGGGUUACUCACCUCAGCAGGAAAGGCUAUCAAAAACAAAGAAGAAUCCCCCGUCUUCAAAGCCUAACAGAUCAAGCAGCUCUCUGGUGCACAACCUGCGCCCAGUCUCUCCAACAGGUACAAGAUAUUAUUCUGCCACUUGUUCGAGGAGCCCAUCCCAAUCCAAUUCCUGAACAGAUGGGGCCCUGCCAUUCAUUCCAGCCAGAAGACCUAGUGUUUAUUAAAAAGUUCCAGAGAGAAGGACUCACUCCUGCUUGGAAGGGACCUAACACUGUCAUCCUCACGAUGCCAAUGGCUCUGAAGGUGGAUGGAAUUCCUGCUUGGAUUCAUCACUCCCACAUCAAAAAGGCCAACAGAGCCCAACUAGAAACAUGGGUCCCCAAGCCUGGAUCAGGCCCCUUAAAACUGCGUCUAAGUCGGGUGAAACUGUUAGAUUAAUUCUUUUUAUUUACUUAUCUUGUUUGUUUUCGCCUAUUAUGUCCUCUGUGCCUUCCUACUCCUUCCUCUUCACCUCUUUCACAACAGGACGUGUAUUCGCCAACACUACUUGGAGGGCCGGUACUUCCAAGGAAGUCACCUUUGCAGUCGAUUUAUGUGCACUGUUCCCAGAACCAGCUCGCACCCAUGAAGAACAACACAACUUACCGGUCAUAGGAGCAGAAAGUGUUGACCUUGCAGCAGGAUUUGGACACUCUGGGAGCCAAACUGGAUGUGGAAGCUCCAAAGGUUUACAAAGCCCUCUUGGAGAAGCAGGUUCCUGUGGGAACCUGGUUAAAUCUCCCAAGCUAGCAGAGUGUUUUUACUACAGUAAGACAGUGAUUAAUUCUGUCCCACUGGACACUGGCCUGAUAAGGCUUGGAAGUCUACAGUGGAAGAGUGAGGGAACUUUGGUCAGCUGCUUUUCCUCUCCUCAGCUCCCCUUCUCCCUCAUCAGUUUCUGCUUUUGGCCUCUUCAAAGCUGCAAGAGGGAAGGAGAAAAGAAAAGAGAACCUGCGCAGAAAACAUCCAAAAUCAGGAUGGCUAUUGCUUUAGCUAAGAUUAAUCGAUCAACAUUAAUUCGCGGAUUAAACAGCAUAUCCAGAUCCUCCAAAUCAGUGGCCAAACUUCUGCAUCCUCAACUUGCAUGCAGACUUUUAGAGCUAAGGGACAUAUCUGGUCGUCUGCUGAGGGAAGUUAAUGCGCCGAGGCAACCCCUAUAUAACAUGCAGGUCAGAAAGGGUUCUUUGUUUGAAAUCAUCUCCUUUCCAGCAAAGACUGCUUUAACUAGCAUAAUAUAUGCUUCAUAUGCAGCACUAAUUUAUUUGGCAGUCUGUGUUAAUGCUGUGCUGGAGAAGGUAAAGAACAUCUUCCAGGAAGAAGAAUCCAUAAGGCAAAACAGAGAGGAGAGUGAAAAUUGUAGAAAAGCCUUUUCUGAGCCUGUGCUUUCGGAGCCUAUGUUUGCUGAAGGUGAAAUCAAAGCAAAACCUUAUAGGUCAUUGCCGGAGAAGCCCGACAUUUCAGAUUACCCCAAGUUUCUUGCUAAUAAGCAGAGUAAUAACAUCCAAGUUUUACAUUCUGUGUUUGACCAAUCAGCUGAAAUGGAUGAGCAAAUCUGAAUACAGAUAUCACUGAACAGAACUUAAGAGUUAUCUAUUUAAUGGCAGAUUUCAUCUGACAAAACUCAGAGUCUAGUUUACAUAUUCUGAAUUGCUCUGCUUUCUUAAAAAAAAAAGAGAAGGGGGCUACUAUUAAAAUGUCAUUUUCUAGUAUUUACAUGAUAGAGUAAAUAAAAUGAAUAUUGAUGUGGAAUAUA